AUGCAAAGAGAUGACGACGAUCGAAAUUCUGCUGCUGUCCCGAACAAUAACCAGAAUAACAAUCGGAAAUAUUUGGCCAUCAUGGUCAUGGUCCAACUCUUCUUGUACAUGUAUUUUCAAAUUAGACAGCAACAACAACAGCAAGAACAACAGAAAUUGAUCACUUCGGAAUCAAAUAUGAAUGAUCAUAUUUCAUCAUCAACGACCACCACAUUAUUUCGGACGAAUAAUUAUUUCUAUAGUUCUAAAAUGAAUACAGUGAUUAACAGUGUGGUCAAAGAUCCGAGAGAUCAAACUCUGCUGAAAAUUGCUGCUCAUAUUUACUUUCUCCCACUAAAACGAUACGUUUAUAAUUUAAUUGGUGAUGAUAGUGAUGAUCAAUUUGAAAAAACCACACAAUACGUUAGAUUUUCUCAAUUUUUAUAUCCUGAUUUGGAACACUUCUCCACAAUGGGUAUCCAUGAAAAACUUGCUUCGGAAAAUCAUGAUGAAUUUGAUUUUUUCAGAUCGCCGUCGAGUGAUCCUAUCAUUACCUAUGAAAAAGCUGUGACGCGAUGCGAUCUUGAACUAUUUGUUUCAAAGUCAUGUCUUCGAAAGAAGAUACCUCAAGACAAACCGGAGCGCAAGCAAGAACAAAAAUCAUCGAGCAACGAAAACUCGUAUGAAAAGCUCAAAAAUCUUAGAGAUGCUUAUUUGAAAGAAACUUUGCGAGACCCGAAAAAGUUACAAUUUUUAAAGCAAUUGAAUAGUAUUAACAUGCAGAAGCAACAUUCUCGAGAGAAAGUUGACGACGACAUUCAGCAUAUUGACACAUUGCGAGAAGAAUCUAUCACCAUCUCGCAUUCAAAAUCAUUGAAGGAUCCAACAAAGAUACAUGUGACUGAUAUUUUACAUGUCACACCUCAAACAGAUGCAAAAAAAAAUCACAUGGAUAUCAUCCAAGAACAUUUUAAUCAAAUAUCAAUGAAAUACUAUACCAACAGCAGUGCCAAUAAUAAUUCGUCUCCAAGUCGAGUUGAAUUCAUGCUCUCUCUGAAACAAAAAGCCAUUGCCAUAAUGCUACAAACUCUUCAAGAUCUCAAAGAUGUCCAUCAUAUUGCUGCCAUGAGCUCGUCAAAAACCAAACCAAACAAUAAUCUGCAAAUGAAUCCUAAAACUGGAGACAUUUCAUCCAAUCAAAUUGUUCCAUCGAUCUAUUUGGUGAUAGCAUCGAGUCCUCAAUUGAUCAAAUCAUGGUUCUCUUUCAAGGUUGAAAUUGCUUUUAAUUCUGUGAGUUACAAGAGAUUAGUGAAACAGUUGAAUUCUCUCAUUCAAGGUCAAGAUUUAACGGUACAAUUGGAGUUAUCCACAUUGAAUUGCAAUGCUCGUUGUAGACGUGCAUUUAUUCAAUCAUAUCAUAUUUUCUCAAAGUGUAGCCAAGUUAAGACCAUUACCUUUAACAUUGUGAACAAUGACAAGUAUCGAGAUGAAUCAAAAACACGAGUUACUGACUUGUCAAUUUCAAUAUUCAACACAGAUGGUAGUAUGUAUGGAAAUAUUCAACAUUUGAAAUGCUCCAAGAAGUAUCAAUAUAGCUGUGCGAAAGAGGUCAUUCAUUUCAUGCAACAACAGCAGCAAGAAAUGUUACCUACUGGUGACAAUAAGAAAGGCACUGCAUAG